AUGGAAUUCGGUUCUCUUCUAAAAUACAAUUUACCAGCCAAGAUUUUCCUAGAUACGUCAUUCUUUCAAGAAUUAGCAAGACUAAAAUUGGAUGUUUUAAAACUAGAUACUACAGAAUUAAACUUAAUCGGGAACAUUGAGCUACAAGAUUUACCUGCUGCAGAAAAUAAUGGGCAUUUAUUUUUAGAUAGCAAGAGCUUUAGUGAUAAUGAUGAUCGUGCAGUUUUUAAUGAAACCUCGAAUAGCUUAUUUGGAGAUAUAUUAAAUUUUAAUACCAUCGAGAACUUCAAAUCAUUAAAUAAGCAGGAAUAUAUUAUAAAGAAAGGGCAUGAACUCCUAUGUCGUGGUUUGACAGAUAUUAAUAAAUCUGUUGGGUUUUCAAUAAUUAGUUACUGUGAAUUAAAGAAAUACAAAUUUUAUUAUUGGGUAUGCUUCCCUUGUUUUCAAUUUGAAUCAUUAUCCUUUUCCUCUGUCAAAAUCGAAACUACUUCUAUUUCACCAAAACUAGUUCUUUCAUGUCAAAGUUGGUUCCAAGAGAAUCCUAAUAAUUGGAUAGCUUUGUUAGAUAAAGGAAACAACAAUAGAUUAGUUCCAUAUUCUAAAAAUAGUAAUCUAUUAAUUAGUAAAUCUACGGGAGUAGCUGCUAUUAAAGAUAGUAGCCUUAUAGAAAAUGUACCUUCAGCCUUUAUUAAAAAUAUACUUUCUAUAAUUAAAGUAGACUAUCCCCUUUUAAAGACGAUAGAAAUUUAUUUUAUUAGAAGUAACUCAUCAAGUUUCGUGGAAACUAUUGAAAUAUGCACAAAUUCAGACAACUUGGCAGCAAAUUCUAAAUUAAAAGUAACCGGUUGGGUAAAAAAUCAAUCAGGUAAACUAUUACCAUCUAUUAUAGAUUUAAGUGUUAUGAUUGACCCUUUGAAGAUUAAUGAACAAUCAGUGAAGUUAAAUUUAAAAUUAAUGAAAUGGAGGAUUGUUCCAGACUUGGAUUUAAAUAUCAUUGAAAAUACAAGUGUAUUAAUUUUAGGAUCAGGUACAUUAGGUUGCUAUAUUAGUCGUGCAUUGUUGGCUUGGGGUGUAAGCAAAAUAACAUUUGUUGACAAUGGAAAGAUAUCUUAUUCAAAUCCGGUACGACAACCACUAUUUAAUUUUGAAGAUUAUGGGAAGCCAAAAGCAGUAACAGCUGCAGAAGCACUUAAAAAGAUUUAUCCUCUUGUAAAUGCAAAAGGGAUUCAGUUGAAUAUACCUAUGAUUGCACAUCCAGUUACUUGUGAAGAACGUGAAAAAAAGGAAUAUAUGGAAUUGUGUACAUUGAUUAAGGAGCAUGAUGUCAUAUUUUUGGUAACAGAUUCGAGAGAGGCAAGAUGGGUCCCGACAAUUCUAGGUAAGCUAGAGAAUAAGAUCGUAAUCAAUGCUGCAUUGGGAUUUGACAGUUACCUUGUAAUGAGACACGGUAACAAUGAGAAUAAGUUGGGUUGCUAUUUCUGUCAAGAUAUCGUCGCUCCGGGGGAUAGUCUAAAAGAUCGCACUUUGGAUGAGAUGUGUACAGUUACAAGGCCAGGUAUUGCAUUGAUGGCAGCAUCUCAAGCAGUAGAACUAAUGGUAUCAUUACUGCAAUCCCGUAUAUCUGAUUCAGAUUCAAAAAAUGCCAAUAACAGUGAUGAUAAACAAUGUAUUCUGGGCGAGAUUCCUCACAUGAUACGUGGUUUCCUUAGAGAUUUCAAAACUUUAAAACUAGAAAUCCCUCAAUAUGAAUGUUGUUCUGCCUGUAAUGAUAUAAUCAUAAGAACCUGUGAAGACGAAGGUUGGGAUUUUAUUAAGAAGGCAUUAAAUGACAAAAAUUACAUCGAAACUUUAAGUGGAUUAGAUAAGGUCAAGGAUUUGACUGAUGAUAUACUUGACUUCGAUGAUGAGAUGAGCCUUUCAGAAGGGAACGAAAUAAUAUGA